CAAUUAAUACCUGCAGUCUAUUUUAUGAGAUAAUCUCUAUAAAUGUUAUUUAACAUGGAUAACAUUUGGAAAAGCACAAGAUUUAAAUAUAUCUUUGCUUGUAUUUUUAUCACCUUCGUCACAUCAUGUAUAAUCAGCAUAUCUCCCAUCAGUAUCGAUGAGUGCAAGUGUGAAGCAAAUGCUCAACCAAAUCAACAUCUCAAGCACAUAACUGAUGAGAUCAAUGGACGUAAAAAGAAAGCUGAGCAUCAGUUAGCCAUACUAGUGCCAUUUAGGGAUCGUUUUGAAGAAUUACUGAUAUUCGUACCACAUAUGCAGAAAUUUCUAGACAAACAAAACAUAGAUUAUCAUAUAUUUGUAUUAAAUCAGGUGGAUAGAUAUAGAUUCAAUCGAGCGUCUCUUAUAAACGUCGGCUUUCUUGAAACAGAGAAAGCGUUUGAUUAUAUUGCAAUGCACGAUGUUGAUCUGUUGCCAAUGAAUGAUCAAUUAUCUUAUGCGUAUCCAAGUGCAGGACCUUAUCAUAUAUCGUCACCAAACUUACAUCCCCGAUAUCAUUAUUUUACCUUUAUUGGCGGUAUAUUACUGAUUAAAAGGGAACAUUUCAUACAAGUAAAUGGGAUGUCAAAUAAAUAUUGGGGAUGGGGUCUUGAAGAUGAUGAAUUUUAUGUUAGACUGAAAGAGGCAGGCUUGAGCAUCAAUCGUCCACAAAAUAUAACAACAGGAACACAUAAUACAUUUAGGCAUAUACAUGACAGAAAUCAUAGAAAGAGAGAUAUGACGAAGUGUUAUAAUCAGCGAGAAGUUACUAGGAAACGAGAUCGACAAACUGGCUUGAAUAAUGUCUCGUAUAAAAUACUGGAUACAAUUAAGAUGACUAUAUCAGACACUUCCCUAACAGUUAUUAAUAUCUCUCUACUGUGUGACAAAUCAAGCACACCUUGGUGUGAGUGUGAGAAACUAGUCGGAUCAAAGGAUCAAGGGAGAUCGAAAGAGAAGAAGAAGACUAAUAAUAAUAAUAAACUGGCAACUGGGUUGUAAUUAUAAUCUUAUAAUUAGUAAUUUAAUUAUCGAAGAUGUUAUAAAAAUGUACUCAAAAACAAUCUUCACAUUCUUCCAUUUUUUAUGUACUUGACUUAGAAAAAAUAAAAUAGUUC